AUGGCGAUGGCACUAACGCUUGGGGUGCAAAUUUCAUUAGUGGAAUCAGCUCUUCCUACUGUCUAUCCUCUCACUAGUUCCACAUGGAGUACCUUCACAUCGUCCGAAUGGAGUACCUUCACAUCGUCCACAUGGAGUACCUUCACAUCGUCCACAUGGAGUACCUUCACAUCGACCGAAUCUACAUCCAGUACCUUCGCAUCGUCCGAAAUCCCUUCCUUCCCCGUACCCGCCUUCACUAAGGUAUCAUCAUACAUCACUGGCCCAAAUCCAGCACAAGCGGUGAGCAUCACAUCGCCCGCCGCAUCAUCCGCUGCAUCGUCCGUCGCAUCGUCACGGUCCGCUAUCUCUUCCCUCGUCGUAUUCUCCUCCGCUAUUCCACAAUCAUCUGUGCCUCUUGGCCCACUCGCACCAACAGCAACAUUCGCGACGAGCAUAGCAUCUACUCCUCAUGUCCCUGUACUAAUUGGCGGAGUAGUUGGCGGAGUGUUAUUCAUCAGCGCCCUUGUCCUUGUGGCGGUGCGUAUGCAUAUGAAAAAGCGCAGGACACUAAAGACAGAAAAAGGUCUGCCAGUCGACGGGCUGCAAGAUGACGACGGGAAGACGCAGGGAGCUAUGCAACCCAGUACCCUCGCUUCCACUUUAUAUGCACAUGCGGACACACGCGAGUUCAGCAGCACGGCUGCACUUGUAGACGACCAGCAAGCAUGCCCGGGAGACAGAGCGUCUCAAGAACAUCCUCGCCGACAUGCAUCCAAGUCAACCACUCGGACGAGGAGAACGGCAAUGUCAACAUCAUACAGCGAUAAGGCACCGACAUACCAUACUACGGGGACGGUGUUAUCGUCAUCGUAUAGCGAUAGGGCACCAACAUACCACACUUACAGCACAGCCAUAGACGAAUUGGUUCCACCACUACCCGGCCGUGUCAUUUACGAGACAGAUGCCGGAAUCCUAUUCACCAGAGACGGAAUCCCAGACACACUUCCACCUCAGUACCAAGAUCUCAGAAGAGACCCACCCACCGCCGCAAAAUCAUAG